AUGCCGGCACUUCUUUCCUCGUCCUCGCUUCUGACUAAUCCUGUCGCUCGCAACGCCAUCUCCAACUCUACUACAUCUUCUUUUGCCACGAAUGUUACGAGCAAUGCAUUGCAAGUAGUGUGCGCUUGGCCCGUAUCUGGCCAGUAUGGUCCGGGCUCGAGGGUCUUAUACUAUGUCCUCGUAGCAACCUGCGUGCUCGCUCGAAAAGCAGAAUGGCUUAGGAACGCUUGUUUGGCAGCAGCGUUGCUGUUCCCAGCCGUCGCUGCUAUCCACGGCAUCGUCCUCGCUGUACUUCAUGUCAACGGUGCUGUCGAUAUGGAUGUGUUCGGAGCCUUUCAGCUCUGCUCAAUAGGCAUCCUGGCCGGUCCAGUCACAGUUAGGAGGUCCAAGACGUACUUCUAUGAUCCCGGUCGGAACGCCAUCUUCUUGUGGACCCUACUUAUCCUUGCCGGACUGCUAAGCUUGACAGUCGAGUUCUACCGGAUCACGACGUCCAAGUGCACGCAUGAUGACAAUGGCAAUCCUAUACCCCGAGAUGUGAGGCACUUCCCAUACGAGCAGGCUACUUGUGAUCUUAUCUGCUCCAUAGAUGAUGGUCCGUUCUCUCGAAUGCGACGCGGCGCCGCAAUCGACAUCUAUGUGAUACCGGCACCGGACAAGCUUACGUUUGGGGCCGGCAUGCUCGUUUCAGCUGCGUGCUGCAUACCUGCUAUCUUGUCGCUCGUAUCUAUGUGGAACAAGAUUCUCGAAAUCAACUGGAGAACCACGCGCUUCGCUUAUGGAACCAAAGAUGAGCGAAUUGACGAGCCCAUUGAGGGCACUAACGGAGCCACUCUGGGAGAGGUGAGGAGGUUCGACACCAAGAUCAGGAGGUUCCUCAGUACUGUCGUGGAGAUUCCUGUCAUCGGUUCUGCAGUACUUGCAAUUGUAGUGUUUGGGGAGCGCAAUUUUUUCAGUUACCAAGUUUAUUUCCAGACGGAGCCUAUGGCCAGUAUAGGCCAAUGGGCCCCAAUGGUUGGAACUGGGCUUGCUGCAUUUGGUUCUUUAUACCUUCUCCUAGCGAAGGAUCCAAAGGGUAGGAAAGGGAAUAUAAACCCUGAUUCUACCACGCAUUUCUGCAAUUGCUCCCAUCACCACCACAGCGACGAACGGCAGAUGAGUGAAGGGUACCGACCAGGUAGCAGAUAUGCUCGAAGUAUGCAUGGCGGCGUCUUCGAAACCUCACCCCGAGGUCAUACCGAUUCGCUGAUGAUGCAGGAGGUCGAUGCCGGUCUGUCUACAUUCUUGUCCGAACAUGACGACAUUCGUCGUAGCUUUUCAAACGAAAGCGAACUGGCGCCCACAACGAGUCGAUCUGGGCAAAGCCACCACAUCAAACGAACCUGGACAGCCGAUGCGGGCAGACGCAAAGCCGCCGAGACAUUGACGGCUAUUGGCGAUUUUCUAGGCACUGCAGCGCCUGGUCGUUUUGAUGACUCGGAGUUCAAGCUCGGGAAAGCCAACGACUUUCCCGAAAUUCCGGGGGAGGAACAGCGCAAUCGUGCGCUACGUCAGAUUAGGGAGCGUUACAAUCAGCCCCGGGAUGCUGAGGGCCACGCCACGCCCGCCCUUCGAAAGCGACCUUCAAGGGCGGGUAGCUUCACUGGCAGCUUUGUCUCGGUAGUCGAUGGUGAAGAUUCGACAGACCCACAUUCCCCUCAGUCCCCAUCUCAUCCAAUGUUCCCGUCGCCCGCUACAACCCGAAGGCCACAUUCCAACACGUUUCCAUGUGAACGCAACUCCUUCGACACAUACAACCCGCACCCACCGUCGUCCGAUGAUCCGGCCGAAAGUGGCUUACUACCGCGGAGGUCUACACUUGAGGUACCUUCGCCAGUCUACCAUGGUUCUACACGGAACAAUCCAACGUCUUCGUCCGCCACAUCAUUCGUUGCCAGUCCCGAAACGUCGGGAACACCUGCCAUUGUGGUAUCAUCCGGUCCUGACGAGUCUUCUACUACGCCUACGCUUAUCAUCAACCCUCCAGCUCCACUUUAG